AUGGCUGGGCGACACCCACGCCAGGCAUUGUUUCCCGACGCGGCGACCUUUGACCAAGCCCGGGUGGCGGCCAGUCAGCGCACUGCCCUGCGCGAGACCAUUGAGGAGGUCAAAAAUGCAUACAGUCGAUUGCUGCGCUUGGGCACGACGGAGCUGGGCAACUCCAACAUUUACUCCCACACUCAAGCGGCCCAGGAGCCACUGGCGGCCCAGGUGGCCACCGAAGUUUUGACCAUGCACGUAGAGCGCCUCUUGCAGUUGAGCGAGAUGCUGCACCAUCAACGAUUGCUCUAUGAUCUGGCUGCCAACGCUGGGCCUCGAAAGGCGCAUGCCCAAGUCUUGCGUGAUGAAAUCACCAAACUUGAGUCACAGCUCCCCGACGCUGCUCGUGCAGAUCUCGAUCUCAUUCGAAGCCGAUUUGAUGACUCUGGCGUCAAGACAACCGCACCCCUUACCGCUGCGGAAAUGCCCGCCGCCACAAACAUCAGCACGGCCGCGCCCGAGCCAUCCGAGUCCAUGGCCACGGAUGGUGAUUAA